AUGGCUCAAUAUCCACAGGAUCAGAUGCAGAAUCCUGCUGCCGGCUUUGGGGUACCCGGACGCGUUCCUUCUCCCUAUACCCGCAGCGAGACCUCUUCCACCGAAGCCUGGCGCCAGAGACAGGCUCCUCAACAAGGCAACCUCCGACGUUAUGCCACCAGGAAGGUUAAGCUUGUCCAGGGCUCUGUCCUCAGUAUUGACUACCCGGUGCCCAGCGCGAUCCAGAACGCCGUCCAAGCCAAGUACCGCAACGACCUCGAGGGCGGCAGCGAAGAGUUUACCCAUAUGAGAUAUACUGCUGCUACCUGUGAUCCCAACGAGUUCACUCUUCACAAUGGCUACAACCUGCGUCCAGCCAUGUACAACCGCCAUACCGAGCUGCUCAUUGCCAUUACCUACUACAACGAAGACAAGGUGCUCACUGCUCGUACCCUCCACGGUGUCAUGCAGAAUAUCAGAGACAUCGUCAACUUGAAGAAGUCCGAGUUCUGGAAUAAGGGUGGCCCGGCCUGGCAAAAGAUUGUUGUGGCUCUUAUCUUCGACGGUAUUGAUCCCUGUGACAAGGACACUCUCGACCUCCUUGCGACUGUUGGUGUUUACCAGGAUGGUGUCAUGAAGAAAGAUGUUGACGGAAAGGAGACCGUUGCUCACAUUUUCGAGUAUACCACACAGCUCUCUGUGACUGCGAACCAGCAACUCAUCCGCCCCCAUGAUGACAGUCCGUCCACCCUCCCACCUGUGCAGAUGAUGUUCUGCCUGAAGCAAAAGAACAGCAAGAAGAUCAACUCCCACAGAUGGCUCUUUAACGCUUUUGGCCGCAUCCUUAACCCUGAAGUCUGUAUCCUGCUCGAUGCAGGCACCAAGCCAGGGUCAAAAUCCUUGCUUGCCCUUUGGGAGGCCUUUUACAACGACAAGGAUCUUGGUGGAUCUUGUGGUGAGAUUCACGCUAUGUUGGGUAAAGGAUGGAAGAACCUCCUCAAUCCUCUUGUUGCCGCGCAGAACUUCGAGUAUAAGAUCAGUAACAUUCUUGAUAAGCCGCUAGAGAGUUCGUUUGGCUACGUCAGUGUGUUGCCUGGUGCUUUCUCUGCCUACCGAUUCCGCGCCAUCAUGGGAAGACCGCUAGAACAGUACUUCCACGGCGACCACACUCUGUCCAAACAGCUCGGUCCCAAGGGUAUUGAGGGCAUGAACAUCUUCAAGAAGAACAUGUUUUUGGCUGAAGAUCGUAUUCUCUGUUUCGAACUUGUCGCCAAAGCUGGAUCUAAGUGGCAUCUUACAUACGUCAAAUCCUCCAAGGGUGAAACCGACGUUCCCGAAGGAGCUCCUGAAUUCAUCGGUCAGCGUCGUCGAUGGCUCAAUGGUUCGUUCGCCGCCAGUAUCUACGCUCUCAUGCACUUUGGCAGAAUGUACAAGAGUGGGCAUAACAUUCUUCGCAUGUUCUUCUUCCACAUUCAAAUGCUGUACAACACUUUCACUGUCUUCAUGACCUGGUUUGCUCUCGCUUCGUACUGGCUUACUACAGCCGUCAUCAUGGACCUCGUUGGUAACCCUGGCCCAUCCAAUGGCAACAGAGCUUUCCCAUUUGGCAACAAGGUGACCCCUAUCCUGAACACUCUGUUGAAAUACGCGUACCUUGGCUUUUUGCUCCUACAGUUCAUUCUUGCUCUCGGCAACAGACCCAAGGGUUCCAAACACUCGUACAUCACCUCGUUCGUUCUUUUCGGUGUCAUCCAAUUGUAUAUCAUCAUUUUGUCCAUGUACCUGGUUGCUCGAGCCUUCUCUGGCGGUACCUCCUUGUCGUUCGAAACCGAUCAUGGCCCCGUUGAGUUCUUGAAAUAUUUCUUCGGCUCGUCCGGCCCCGGUAUCAUUGUCAUCGCUCUCGCCGCUACCUUUGGACUCUACUUCAUCGCCUCGUUCAUGUACUGCGAUCCAUGGCACAUGUUCACCUCUUUCCCGGCUUAUCUGCUUAUCAUGUCCUCAUACAUCAACAUUCUCAUGGUCUACGCUUUCAGCAACUGGCACGAUGUGUCCUGGGGUACCAAGGGAUCUGACAAGGCCGAUGCCCUACCAUCCGUACAGACCGUGAAGGAGGACGGAAAAUCAGCAACGAUUGAAGAAGUCGACAAACCCCAGGCAGACAUUGACAGUCAAUUCGAAAGCACCGUCAAGCGCGCUCUGACCCCAUAUGUCGAACCCAAGGUGGAUGAGAAAAAGACGCUCGAGGAUUCGUACAAGAGUUUCCGUACCCGUUUGGUCUCAUCCUGGCUCUUCUCCAAUGCUAUCCUCGCUGUUGCCAUUACAAGCGAUAAACUGACUGCUCUUGGUUUUACAUCACAAGCCACUGAACGUACCAGUCGAUUCUUCCAGUCUCUCCUGUGGGCAACUGCGGCGCUGUCUCUUAUUCGAUUCAUCGGAGCAUGCUGGUUCCUUGGCAAAUCCGUUUCCCUUUUCUUUCAAUUCUUUUCUAUAUUUUCUGCUUUUUCUUUUUUUUUUUCCUUUUUUUUUUUUUUUUACUUCCUAUGUCUUCUCUUUUCCUCGGUUACUUCUCCUAUCUCCUUUCCUGUUUUUGCCCAGCUUAUGCCAAAUUCUAUUCUAAUGCCCAUUCCUGACCUGGCCGGGGACGUGUCUUGUAUUUUAGAUGAAUAUUCUCUGUUAUUUAUGUACCUGACCAUUUCUUCCCCAUGUUUCAAUCCUCCCUUCUCGCGUGGCCACUCUGUUCGUCUGCACCCGUGGCUGUCUAUCUAUCCUCUGGAGGCUCCUCAAUCGGAAGUAUGGUCUUCGAUAUCCUCCGGGUUCCAUGAAAAUAUGCCAAAUUGCAUCCUUCCCCCAUACUAUUUAUCGAAGCGUCUUUCAUAUAUAUCCAUAUAUAUAUCUUAA